AUGGAGUACAUUGAUCGGAAGAAUCCAUACCCUCGAGGAUUCAGAGUUCCAGAAUUCACCUUAUUCUCCAGAGGAGAUGAAAUCCAAUCUAUAGUUGAGCAUAUUGGACGUUUCACUGUCCAAUGCGGUGAGCUUGCCAACUUUGAGAACUUUGACAACUUCAAACUUCGUCUUUUUCCAAAUUCCUUGACCGGACCAGCAUUCACAUGGUUUUCUACACUGCCAAGAAACUCUAUUGGGUCUUGGAGAGAGAUGGAGAGAGCUUUCCACACCCAAUUCUUCAGAGCUGAGCCGGAAGUUUGCAUUGCUGAAUUGUCUAGGCUGACCCAGCGGCCGGGAGAAAGCUCUGAUGCAUUCUUAGCCAGAUUCAAAAAGAUGAGAAACCGGUGCAAGAUUGUCCUUCCUGAGACUGAAUACGUGAAGAUGGCUCAGCGGUGUGUCGAAAUAGAGCUUCACAAAAAGUUUCAAGAGAUAGUCAAGAGUGAAAGCCUUGUCGUAUGUCCUUCCCUAACCAAACUAAAAGAUAGAUUGAAGAAAUCAACCAACAAUGGGAUGCAAUAUACCUUCGAUACGACCAAGACUGAAGAGAUCUUUGACUUCCUUCUUGCGGAGAAAUUCUUAUCGCUUCCUUCUGGUCAUAAAAUGCCUACCAAAGAAGAGUUAAAGGACAAGGAAUACUGUAUGUAUCAUGAUCUCUGGUCGCAUCCUACUGUUAGUUGUUGGGGUUUGUGA